AUGGCCUUAUAUGGCGCUCCCAUAUGGGUAGAUGCCCUUUCUGCUGAAAAUAGAGCGCUGCUUCGCCGACCACAGAGGGCAAUAUCCAUAAGAGCCAUACGGGGGUAUCGUACGGUUUCUUUUGCGGCGGCGACGGUCUUGGCUGCAGACCCCCCCUGGGAUCUUCAGGCACAGAUUCUCGCGAAUGUUCACCGCUACAGAGCUGAAAGAAGGGCAGCAGCAGAAUUCCUGGACGGAGAUGAAGUAAGAAACAUCCGGGCAUUAGCCCAGACGGAAACACUUCGAAUAGAGAGGGAAGAAUCCCCCAUGUGUCAUGAGUGUGGCGCAUUAGUAGAUACGCCCCGUCAUGUUCUCGAAGAGUGCCCUGCAUGGGGGCCCCAGCGGGCCAGCCUGCAGGCAAUAAUAGGCACAGACCUCUCGCUGCAGAGGAUUGUGAAGUCUAUGCUUGACAGCGAGGAGGCAUGGACGGCGAUGGUCUCCUUCAGCCAUUAUGUUAUGUCGCAGAAGGAGACAGCGGAACGUGCGCGCGAGAACGACCCUGACGCGCACCCACUCCGCCGUCGACGGGCUGGCGGCAGAGCCAGGCGCUACGCGCACCUGAUGCCUCCGCCGUAA